GAACCGCUGGGAGUUGCCUGCCGCCGCGGCCGCCGCUGCGACAGCAUGGAGCGUUCCGAGGCCUACUACUUCUCGGCGGCCUUCAGCUGCGCCUUCCUCGUCUCCUGCCUGCUCUUUUCGGCGUUCAACCGCCAGCAGCGCUCGCCGUACAUGGACGAGGCCUUCCACGUCCCUCAGGCGCAGGCCUAUUGCGAGAGCCGCUUCCAGCAGUGGGACCCGAUGAUCACUACACUGCCUGGUUUGUACUUGGUGUCAGUUGGAAUUGUGAAGCCCGCAGCAUGGCUCUUUGGGUGGUCCGGAAGCAUAGUCUGCUCUACAGGAAUGCUCAGAUUCAUUAAUCUUCUUUUCAGCGUUGGGAACUUCUAUUUACUAUAUUUGCUUUUUUGCAGGUUGCAUUAUAAAAAGGCUGCUUCUGGGUUCCAGAGGAUCCUAUCGACCUUGACGCUAGCAAUAUUUCCAACUCUUUAUUUUUUUACAUUCCUUUAUUAUACAGAUACUGGGUCAACAUUUUUUACUCUCUUCGCAUAUUUAAUGUGCCUUUAUGGCAAUCAUAAAACUUCAGCCCUGCUUGGAUUCUGUGGCUUCAUGUUUCGUCAGACGAAUGUUGUAUGGACUGCAUUCUGCGGUGGAAGUCUUGUUGCACAAAAACUCAGUGAAGCCUGGAAGGCAGAAUUGUUGAAAAACAAAGACCAGAAGAAGUUACCCACAAAGGGAACCUUUUCAGAACUCAUUGGAGUCUUCAGAUUUCUCCUUGACUACUUCACGUCAUUUAGAAACCUAAACGCUCUUAUCGUUUUGACUUGGCCGUACAUUGGCAUGGUGAUGGUGUUUUUUACAUUUGCGGUCCUUAAUGGUGGUAUCGUUGUUGGUGAUAGGAGCAGCCAUGAAGCCUGUCUACAUUUCCCUCAGUUGUUCUACUUCCUUUCUUUUACUCUCUUUUUUUCCUGUCCUCACCUAGUAACACCUAGCAAAAUCACCAAUUUUCUUCAUUCUGUGAGGACACAUUUGUUGCAAUAUGUCAUCUUCACCAUCAUAUCUUUAGUCCUUGUCUGGAAGUUUACUUAUGCUCAUAAGUAUUUGCUGGCAGAUAACAGACAUUACACGUUUUAUGUGUGGAGAAAAAUCUUUCAAAGACAUGAGCUUGUGAAGUACAUAUUAGUUCCAGUUUAUAUUUUUGCUGGCUGGAGUUUCAUGGACGCGCUGAAGUCAAAAUCUAUUUUCUGGAACUUAGUAUAUUUUGUAUGUUUGCUUGCAGUCACAGUUCCCCAGAAGCUACUAGAAUUUCGUUACUUCAUUUUGCCAUACAUCAUCUAUAGGCUGAAUAUUCCAGUACCAUCACUUUUGAAACUUUUCCUCGAGUUAACUUUUUAUCUCUUGGUGAAUGCAGUAACAUUCCAUUUAUUUUUGAACAAGCCAUUUCAGUGGCCGAAUAGUGAGGAAAUCCAGAGAUUUAUGUGGUAAUUUUUGACUUUCAAGAAGACCAAAUUCUAGGAUUUUUCUUCUUCAGCAAAUAAGAGGCUGCAAGUUUAGAAACUCUAUGAAAGAAAACUAAAUAUUCUUGAUGUUUUUGUAACUGGGAGGGAAUGUAAAAUCGGAUGCACUGUUUUUGCAGGUAUUGGGGCAUUUUUAUAAGGUAAGCAUACUGGGUAUUAAUAAAUAUAAGAUCAGGGAAAUUUAACUCACAUAUCCAAAGUAAUCUGAAUGAAGGGAUUUGUUUACAUUAUAUGAGUUAUGUUGCAGAAGCCAUAAAUCUGGGAUGACUUCAAUAUGUCUGUUUAUGUGCCUAGCUGUAUGCAACAGGAGUUGGUAAAAAUUGGUGUAGCUAAGGCUCAGUAGAUUUAAUUUUGAUAUGAUUCGGUCUGUCACUAUAGUAUGGCUCUUAUACAUUAUUUUUGGUGAGAAUGUCUUGAAACAGCGCUCAUGCUAUAAUGAUCCCAGAUUUUACCAUCUGUUGGAAAGUUUAAGUUCUCCAAACAGUGUUGAGUCUCAGAAAUCGACAUGUGAAGGCUCAUUCACAUGAACUAUUUCCCAUGGGAAUAUGAAAGACAGUUUAUGAUAAUGGCUUUACUGCAACCAGAAUGAACCUGAGUAGUGAAACUCAGGAUUAAGGCUGCAAUCCUACACCUGUUUACCUGGAAGUGAAAUCCAUAGGACUUUAAGGCUAACCUAAGGUUUAUCCCUGGAUCGUCCAGGGGUCAAACCUGUUCAUCUAGGUGACACACAGGGGAUCCAGUGCUCAGGCAGGGGUGAACCCUGGAUGAUCCCAGGAUAAACCUUAGGUCUAUCUGUUCUGUAAAACAGCAGGAAUGGGAAACCUUGGAAUCUUUUAUAAACUGGAGGACCACAUAUUAUUGACAAAUGCAAUUUACCAGAUUUGCAUAUCAUCUAAAGAACAUACUGGAUGCCAGACUACAAUCGGGAAGCAUAUUAAGCAUAUUAAGUAAAAGGUAGGAUUGCAAAGCCCCAUUGAAAACAAUGAAACUUAAAGCACACAAUUCCAAUACACACUUUCCUCAGAGUACCACAGGUCUUACUUCUGAGUAAACAUGCAUAGGAUUGUGCUGCAAAGCAGCAAUCCUAGGUAUACUUACUCGAAAUUGUUCCAUUUUACUCCAUAGAUAAACAGGCUUAGGGUUCAUGGUUAACAGCAUGACCCUUUACAUAUCUGCUCAGGAGUAAGCUCCAGUGAGAUCAAUGGGGCUUACUCCCAGGUAAAUGUGUUUAGGAUUUCUGCUUGUUUAGGGUUUCUGCUUGUUUAGUUUGCUUAUUGUUUGUACAGCUGCAUCCAUUGCAUUUAUUAUAUAAUAUGGGAAAUUGGUAUCCAUUAAAAGCAAACAAUUGGAGGCAGCACUUCGAAAUAAAUCAAGAAUGUCUAAGGGCCUCCAAUUGUUCACUCUUAACAGAUUUCCAGUUUUUUUUAAUGAUUGUCAUUGUUUCUGUGGAUAAAAGCAACUUUGGCAGCUAGUAAGGCGUGGCUUAUUUUUAUAAUAAAACCGGAGAUUCUCAAAAUUCUAACAGCAGAAGCUUGUAGACUGUGUACUGAACAGUAAAAAUGUAAUCAUUGUUCAUAAUCCAUAGAGUUAAGCAUGUUUAAAGACGGAAUACUAUGCAUGUUUCGAAAGAAAAAAGUCCUGGCUGGGGAAGCCUGGGAGUUGUAGGAUUUUUUUCUGUUUAAACACAUCCAGGAUUAUUCCCAGUCUAUAUUGAUUUCAGUGUUGGAUUGUGGCCAUUCUCUAAAGAUUCACAGGAACCUCAUAAAUAAUGUUUAUACAAACAUUGUGAUCUACAUGACAUCCAUAUGGAUGGAAUGUUUAGAAGGAGGAAUGUUUAGAAGUAUUUUGAUUUUCUUAAGAAAAACCACACCCUGCAAUUACCAAUACAACCUGUUAAAUGAAGGAGCAGUUUUGCCUCCUCAAACUAAAUACUACAAUAGUUGAUGCCAAAUCAUUAGGGACAACAUUUUUUGAAAAUCAUCCUGUGUUCUGAAUUAUGAGUGAGUGCUCUUACGAGUAGAAAUAAACUUUAGUAUUUCUCAUAUAUAAUCCUAUUAGUAGUGGUACCAUGACAUUAUUUUAUAUGUAGUUCACAUAAGAAAUAGCUGGAAUACAUUUUGGGGUGAGCAGAAAAGGAAGGAAGGAAGGUGAUUUGGAGCUAUGUUGUUAAUUGUUUUUAAAGUUGAAAAUGUAGUGAUUUCAGGGAAUAUUCAUAUACUACUUUUUGAGAGCCACCUCAAAGGGUUACUCCUGAUUGAUUUACUCACAUUGCACUAAGGGAAAGAGACUCCCACUAGAUGCAUUUCUUUUUAUUAUUAUUAACCUUUCCCCCCUUUUAAUGUGAAUUUCACAACAACAAAAAAGUAUAUUGUGAAAAUCAAAAUAAAAAAGGAACAGAAAAUUACAUGCAUAAAAAUAUCAGUAUUUUUUAAGCAUUCUGUCUUUAAGAAAAGGUGUGUGUGUGGGGGGGGGAGAUUAUGCAUAACUUUCAAGAAAAGCAGACCAAAUAUCCAUAUAUUUUUUCACUUGUGAGUUCAAAUGUUGUUAACAUAGUUAGGUCUUCAGUCCAUUGCAUUAUGAGAGGUGAACAUUUAUCCUUCCAAUGUAGUAAUAUCAGUCUUUUGGCUGUCAUAAGGGCUCAAAAAUCCAUUUGUGCUGACCGUAUGUUAGCUUCCAAGGGACCGGUAAAUAGUUUAUGACAGGCACAUCAUUCAGUAUUAAAGACUGUUUCCAAUAUGAAGUUUAUCGGUAUUAUGACCUCCUCCCAAAAGGAGGUAACUAUUGGUUAUGUGAAAAAAAGCCAUGUGAAUAAAAGAAGGUGCAUAAAAUUAGGUGCAUUACAUCUCCAACAAUUAUGCAAAUUAGACAACCCCAUACGUUGUGGAGUUCAGUAAACGUGAACCAAGAUAAUUUUUUUAAGCCUAAGAUCCAAAGGAUGCAUUUCUAGCAUCUCCUUGGCUUCUGCAAGCUGAUUUCAAAGUGACCAGAUUGUGUCCAGAUUUAGAGGAGUGGAUAAUAUCCUUUUAAAACUCAAACAGUACAUUGGUUUGGUGGAUACAUUUCUGUGCAAAUUAAAAUCAUGCCUAGCAAACACAUCUUUCACCAGAUUGGUAGGGAAGUGAAUGCAUUUCUUGCAAUACAUGGGGCUGGAGGUGGUUGUUAGCUUCCAAUUUAUAUUUGCCUUGGGAGAUUGAUCUCUCUCAUUUUUCCCCACCAAUGAAAAUCAUGAGAAGCUAGAUUUUCUUUGUGCAGAUUUGGGUUGCUGCUCCAUUAUGGUCUGAUAUGUAAGCCUUCAAAUUUGGGGAUAGUGGUUAUGAAACAGGCUAGCCUUCGAUGGUGAUGUGCUUUGGAGUCAGUAUCCUUCUCUUUUCCCCAUAGCAUCCUUUCCCUUACACUGCACUGCUGCCACUAAGUUAAGGGGAAUAGUUAUUUCACUGCCUAAGGCAACUAAGAAACACAUCUUCCAUUUAUUUAGAAAGCAAGCAGUGACCCUACCCCACCCCUUUGCCUCUCUCUGCAAGAAAAAAAAAUGCUUCCUAGAACCUGCAUCCUCAAGCAAUGGGAGGAAGCAAUGUGCUAGUGACUCCAAGGCAUCCCUACCUUUGCUUGUACACUAGGGAAUGUGCUGCUGUGCAUCAGGGUCCUGGACAAACACCAAGCCUGUCCAAUGAGCAAGCUGGCUCAGGGAUGUGAAUAUUUCAGUUUCUUGCAUGCCUUAUGGCCUAUGCCUACUGGACAGAUAAGAAUAUAUUCUAACUUCGGUGCAGUCUUUUCUGCAACUCUGAUUUCUUGAUAUUUCAUAUUAACGGGGUGGGAGAGACCUUUGACUGCUGCAAAGAAGAACCAGCAUAAGGCACAAAAUUAAAAAUAUAAAGCAGGGUACACAUCUUCUAAUUCCAUUUGGCUGGAUUUCUUGUUGAGUUACUUUAUCAUCAAAUUGUCUCUGAGCAGGCGCUUUAGACUUUUGUGAAAUAAGAUGAUGAAUAGCAAUUAAAGGUUUUGAUCUUCAAACCAGUUCCAUGUAAUUCUAUUAAUGUUUAAAAAUUAAAUGUACAAAAAUCCCUAAAUGUACAGAUUUGGACUACAUAAUAAAGAUUACUGAAAUUAGUGAUAUAAAACAAUCCUAUUAAAUGUAGAGGCUGAUAUCCAGACUACAGAGUUUUGGUAUAUAGGUUUCUUUAUUAUUUGUCAUGAAGCUUUUGCCUUUGCAAUUCAUUUUGAAUUGAUACAAAUACAAAAAGUGUAGGUGGUCUUUCACAUCUUACUGAUUUAUUAAACCAAAAAGAAGAUGCAGUUGAAAUUCCCUAGUCAAGGCUCUUAGAGAAACAAAACAAUAAUGAGAUGUUUCAUAUUGCUUUUCAGUAGCAUUAAUGGUUAGUAGCACUAAUCUGUUUUUGAGAUGUGCAAUCUUUCUGGAUUUGGUUAUAAUCUUUGAGAAACAAAGAAUUCAGAAACUCAAAAAGCAAUAUUGUAGUGAUAGCUGAUACUGUUCGCCAUUAUUUCCAUUAACUAAAAUCCACAGGGCUUUAAAAAUAUAUUUACAACUUUAAAAAGGUGGCAAAAAACCCAUCUUCAUUAUCAUGAAUUUUAAAAGAUUACUAUUUGCUGACAUGUUAGUAUAUGAUUAUGUUUAUAUCAAGUUUUUGCUUGUACUUCUGCAGUUCAUUCCAGCUGCUACCUGGAAGAUGUUGUGGUGGCAUUAAGUGUGUCCAUGUGAUACAGGACUAUAACUUUGGGGCUACAUUGCAGUGCUGCUAGGGGUUGGGUUCCUUUCAAGGGUUGUCUGUGUGAUAAUCUUUGCACGUUGAGCCAGUGUGGUGUAGUGGCUAAGGUGUUGGACUAGGAGUCAGGGGAUCCAGGUUCUAGUCCCCAUUCGGCCAUGGAAACCCACUGGGUGACUUGGGGCCAGUCACAGACUUUCAGCCCAACCCACCUCACAAGGCUGUUGUUGUGAGGAUAAAAAUGGAGAGGAGGAGGAUUAGUACGCCACCUUGAGUUCCUUACAGGAAAAAAGGCGGGAUAUAAACGCAAUAAUAAAUAAAAUAAAUUUAAGUUUCAUUCAUUUUGGAGUAACUUGAAAGCGAUGUGUAUGUAGUGAUACAGUCUACAGCUACCCUGUCACCAUAUUGUUCCACAGGCAUUGCUAGUACCAUGCCUCCCGCCUCCCACCUGUUGAACCUAUCUGUUAUGGGUCCCACAUACAGUUUUGAGCAAGGUGUGUCUUUUCCAAGAUAAUUUUGGAAGCCUCUCAUAAAAUUGGAGCUCAGCAAUGUACUAGAAUUGCCACAAUUUUCCUAGUAGGUUUUGGAAUUUUCCUGUAUCUUUUGGAAAGAGCCAUUGCUCAGUUGUGGAGUACAUGCUUUGCUUGCAAGAGCUUCCAGGUUCACUUCCUGACCUUUCCAGAUAAGAUCAAGAGUGUCAACACGCGGGAAAAUCACAUUUGCUUACUAUCGCUUCUCCACCCAUGCGUUUGUCCCUCAUUACUUCCUCUUUCGAAAGAGGAAGUAAACAACUUGGAUGUGGCCCAUUCCAUGGGCCGUUUUGAUCCUGCUGCUUUUUCUGCAGACAGCAGGAGUCAGAUAUACUGGGAGAUUUUUUGUCACACAAAGAAGGCUAGAAAGGGCAGGAGGCAUGCAGGAAGCGUGCAGGAGGCAGACGUGCGAAAAAUCAGCGCCCAGUAACGAGUGUGUAAUGAAACACUCGUCUGAUGGAGCUUCGAGUCCUCACGUAGCAGGAUCGGAAGAGACCUUUGAGAGUUGUUGCCGUUCAUAGUAGGUAGUAUUGUGCCAGCCUGUCCCAUAGCCUUGCUUUGAACUAAAAAUGGGAUACAAAUCUAAUAACAAUCUGCAACUCCCUAUGUUAAGCAGCUACUUGAGCAGACACGCAAAGGUGAAGCACUCCACAUUUUCUAUCUCAGGGGUGGGCAACUUGUGACCCUCUGGAUGUUUUGAUCUACGACUCCCAUUAUCACUCACCAUUGGCUAUGAUGGCUAGGGCUGAUGGGAGAUGUAGGUCAAAACACCUGGAGGACCACAAAUUGCCCAUCCCUGUAUAUACCUCCAUGCCAAAACCAGCUACACCUAUUUAUUUUAGCCUGGUGUUAGUUCUUCAAGCUGCAGACAGGAGCCAUGUGAGAGAAUAAGCUGCCCUAAGCUAUCAUACACUAACUAGAAUUUCAUUUUGCAAAGAACUUCACUAUUGCUUAAAACGACAUAAAAUCAGAAGCUGAUUUAGUAUUAUUUAUUUAAUUUUCUGUAUUGCCCAAUAGCCAAAGCUCUCUGGGUGAUUUACAAAAUUAAAAGCCAAAGAUACCAGAUAAUAAAAACCUAAAAUAUUUAAUAUACAAAAUUGAAAAACAAUUUAUACAGCUAAAAACACAUUAAGAUACUGAACCUGAUAAAAACAACUCACAUAAAUGCCCCAUUAUAUGUCAUCAAAUUAUCUGGAAGACUUACAUAGAAUGAUGUCUUAAGAAAUCUAUUCCAAUCCAUAUUUUUUGUCCAAAGUCAAAAUGCAAAUGGCAUAAACCAGUGGUUUAGACAGCAGAGCCUUGUCUGCUCAAAUCUGAAGUCUUGGAGAAGAUUCUUAAUUAAAGGAUAUGCCUCACCAACUAUUGACAUGUUCCUCCAGUUGUAGUGCUGUGACAGUUUUGCAAUUUGGAGAUGACUACAUAAGAACAACACAAAGUACUGUUCAUUUUUUGCAUCAAGGCCUGUCACUGUUGUGUGGUGCAAUAAUACUGCAUGAGCGAAGUGAUGCAAAAAUGGUCAGAACAAGGGCUACAAUUCCACAAACUCCUAGUUAAGAAAUCCCCCAGGAUCAAUUGCUUUAGUGUUGUUUUAUUUGAAAUGAGACAUCUUCAUUCAUAUUUCAUUUCAUUCACUGCUCAUCAUAACAAUGAGCACUAUUUCUAAGGACCAGGCCUCUGUUCUGACUGUUUGAAUGGAAAUAACAGAGUAUUCUCUUUUUUUGCUACUUCACCUCUUUUUAUCCCUUUUCAAAAACAUUUAACAGCAGUUGACAAAUGACAUAUAUGCUAACUAGGAAUGUGCUUCUCUUCUAUAUGAUCCAACUACUGAAAACGAACAAUUUAAAGAUAUAUAACAGAAGACUAUACAAUGGUUAACUGAAUUUCACAAGGUGGCACUGUUGAGCUAUCUUUUCCAUCUCUCUCUCUCUAAUUUCAAAGGAUUCUUGAGGUUAAAACAUUUUGUCUUUCACAUUAUGUAAUUUUUCUAAAUAAUGUUGCGUUUAUCUUAGUACUAAAGCUGGGUUUCAAAAAACAAAAGUUUUCCUUUAAGAUAUAUUUUGAAUGUUUUUAGAAUAGUGUUUGAAGCCUGUAGUAUUUAAAGCAGUAUUUUAGUAGAAAGCCAGUUGAAUUUCUGGGAAAUGCCUGUGAUUUAUAUUUGGGAUAACUGUUUUACCACUGUAACAGAAUGAAACUAGUUCUGUUAAGAAAGGCACAGCACUGUAUCAUUCCACUAGAACAAAAGGCCUCUCCCUAAAAUAUUAAUUAUUCUUUAAAGCAGAAAUAAGUUGUGUUUUUAAAAUGUGCCCUCAAAGGGCUUUGAGCCAUCUGUUAGUUUGAGUUUAUAUGUUAAAUGUCACCUACAUUCUCAUGAGACAAGCAAAGCCAAAGGUAUGGUCCCCAGAAUAUAGGCAUGUCUCUGUCACAUCUCUUUAAUCCCUGUGCCUACACAACCACUCAUUUGUGAGUAUUGAUGUCGGUUGUAUGAAUUGUACUUAUAAGAUGUGAGGGCUUUGUGGGUAGUGAUGUGUGCACAAAGCCCUCCUACUAGCACAUGUUACCUUGUAUACCUGCUCCUUCAUCCCACAAAGGAUUGAUAGCCAUGGCAAAUGGCUGAACAGGCUUAUAGAGUUCUGUGCUGUGGAAAUGAAAAGGCUAUAAUGUUCUAUGGAGCUCCAUAUUCUGGAAGAAAUCUUUCAGAAGAAGGGAAUUUGACCAACCCUGUAUCUUUACAAAGAGUGACAAAGAUUUGUUUCAGAACUAUUACGUUUGGUGUAUUUUAACGUUUAACAGAAAGGGCUUGUGUAUGUUAUCUACUCCGUUCACUUCAAUUGAGGGGUCAGCCUUUGUGUGUGCAAGAGUACACAUAUGUGAAGCUGUCCCAUGAAGGGGGCAAUCCUUGUAGGUGGUGUAUUUUUUACUGUAUGGGGCUGUGUAGUGCACACACAAUCAUUGAUUCAAGAUGCUGAUUUGUUUAGGAUUUUCAUAUGAACUACAACCCGUUGGAAUGGAAAUAUAAAAUAGUAGAGCUGGAAAGGUCCUAAUAAGGCCAUCAAGACCAACCCCCUGCUCAAUGCAGGAAUCCACCUUAAAGCAUACCUCACAGAUAGCUGUCCAGCUGCCUCUUGAAUGCUUCUAGCCUGUGUCCAAGGGAGGCUAGGUUGUCUUCAGGCAAAGACGUUUUUAUUUAGGCAGGCCUUUGGCAAGUAAGCUGGUUUGUUGCAGAAGGGAUUUUUAAUUGGUUGAUGCUGUACAUUUAUUUUAUUAUUGUGUUUUUAAUUGUACUUCAAUGGAUCUGUUUUUAUGUUAUUUUAAUUAAGAUUUUGCUUUUAAUCUGUAGUUUAUUGCACCUUGAGUAGUAUUUUUGACAAAGAGGUGGGGCAUAUGUUAAAUAAAAUAUAAAAUAAAUUGGUGAUUGCUAUUUUUUAAAAAGGAAUUAAAGGUGCGAUCCUAUGCAUGUUUGGACAGAAAGAAGUCCUACAACUCCCAGCUUUCCCCAGCCAGAAAGCUGGGAGUUGUAGGACUUUUUUCUAUCGAAACAUGCAUAGGAUUGGGAUCUAAGUGGUUCCAGGAGUAGAAGGGUAGUCUCCAUUGUGAGACCGAUAAAAAGGCAUAUAAUAUAUAAAGCGUAAUGGAAUCAUUCUCACGUUAACCUGCCAAAUUAUUACUGCUAUUAUUUACAAGUGUAUAAAAUCAAGUAUCUGUCUCUUUAUUUUCAAGAAUUUGUUUUAUUCCAAUGUUGAGUUCUUGCUACUUUAUCUGUUAUAGUGUGUGUGUGUUUUCCCUUAAAAAUAUUGGAGCAUCCAGAAUAUUAUGGGCGUGAUGUUAUUAUAAUAAAGAAUUUCCCUUAGA